UUUGCUCAGCCUUCCAAGCGGUUUAUUUUUGGAAUCAUCUCCACUCAACCAGCAUCAUGUCCAGCUCAAAAGCCAAAAUCUACUAUUUCGACAUGAUGGGCCGUGCCGAAAUGACUAGACUGUUGUUUGCUGCAGCAGGAAAACCUUUUGAGGACAUUAGGUUUUCUGAAGAGGAUUGGCCAAAGUUUAAACCGAAGGCCCCGUUUGGAACAGCGCCAUGGGUGGAAGUAGAUGGAGAAGUCUAUGCACAAUCAAUAGCUAUUGCUAACUAUUUUGCCAAGGAGUUUGGUUUUUUUGGGAAGAACAACAAAGAAGCUCUUCUUGUCGAACAGAUGGUGAACCUCAUUCAGGACUUCAUACAAGUAACGGUUUUGAUUGAUGAAGAGCAGGACCAAAAGAAAAAGGCAGAGAUGCUUAAAGACUGCAAGGAAAAGGCUACGCCUCGCUACUUUGGAUUCUUCGAGAAAAUUCUAAAAACCACUGGAACGGGUUAUGUUGUCGGAAAUCAGUUGAGCCUGGCUGAUAUCGCCCUCUAUGACGUCUACACCGGUUGGAUGAAGAGCUUUCUAGGACCAGUUGACGACUAUCCAUUGUGCAAAGCCCUGAGGGACAAAGUUGGAGCUAACGACAAAAUCAAAGAGUAUAUGGCAGCCCGACCGGUCAGGGUUGGCUGAAAACCCAGAGCCAUUCUUAAAUUAUUAUAAUUCCAGCAUCAGUUCUUGAUUUUAGUGUGCACUGUUUAGGAUUUAACACAACAUGUAUUCUUCACUUUAUUGCUAACUGUAAGGAAGCUGUUUGUCAGAGCCGUACUCAGGAAAGAAAGCCUGUAGUGAAAAAAAACAACCCCGGGCAUUUAUGUCAAUGAGAAUUGUGAGCAAUGGUGGUUUACACGUGUUAUCUUUUGUAUCAAAGAGAAGCAAGUGGAGGCAUGGUUACUCCUGUAACUAGUGGUGACAAUGAGUGAUCUCCAGCAGGUAAAAGCGAAAAACGAAUAGUAUAAUGCCACUAUCAGCAAGCUUAGCCUACCCUUCAGAAUUAUCUGUGACCAACAUUUUGCUGGUUAAGUGAGAGAGAGAUAGAGAGAGAGGGGGUAGGAAGUAGGGAGUAGAAAGAGAAUGAGAGAGAGAAAGGAAGAGAGGGGGGAGAGAGAAAGAGAGAGGGAAUGAGAGAGAGAGUUUGAGUGAGACAGGGGCAAAAAGAGAGGGAGAGAGAGAUCCUGUAAAUGGACAUUUUUAGCUGGUCAAAUUUUACAAAUCAUUGAUUUCUGAUCUUCUAAAACACUGAUACAACAGGCUGAAAAUAUGUUUGCAUGUAUGAUGUGAGAUAUUCUUGUACAUUUUCUUUAUACAAAUAAAGCCGCUGCGCCAGCAGCCAAUACGAAUGA